AUGACGCUACUAAAAAAAAUACUCAUCGCAGCAAGUGCGGCCACCGCCUUCGCCGACACCAGUGUCUCAAGUGCCACGUCUUCUGGAUCGAGUUGCAAUCCACUUAAGACAACGGGCUGUUCACCAGAUACGGCUCUCGGAUCUUCUUUUAUGGAACCUUUUGACGAGGAGUCCGACCAUUUCCAUAAGCUGGAAUACGCGACGGGCCAAAUUAAUUAUACGGAUGAGGGUAUGGCGAUGACCAUCAAUAAACGGUAUGACAACCCGAGUCUCAAGUCGGAUUUCUACCUGAUGUUCGGAAAAGUGGAGGUGGAAUUCAAGGCGGCCUCGGGACAAGGUAUAGUUUCGUCGUUCUACCUGCAAAGUGACGAUCUGGACGAAAUCGAUUUGGAGUGGACUGGUGGCGACACCACGCAGUUUCAGUCCAACUAUUUUUCCAAGGGCAACACUUCGACGUACGAUCGGGGUGCAUUCCACGGCGUGGACGCUCCUCAGGAUAAAUAUCACAACUAUACUAUAGACUGGGCGAUGGACAAGACGGUGUGGUAUUUGGACGAUUCAGCAGUUAGAACGCUGACGAACGACUCUAGCCAGGGUUACCCACAAAGCCCCAUGUAUGUGAUGAUGGGAUGCUGGGCUGGCGGUGACCCUGACAACGCAGCCGGAACCAUCGAGUGGGCCGGUGGUGAGACUGAUUACACCAAGGCGCCUUUCACCAUGAACGUGAAGCGUGUCAUCGUUACGGACUACUCCUCAGGAGAACAGUAUUCCUACAACGGUCAAUCUGGAACGUGGGACUCAAUUGAAGCUAAGGACGGUGAAGUUUACGGAAGAUACAACAAGGCGCAGUCCGAGUUUUCUGCUUUAGCUGGCGGCCAAACCCUGAGCUCCUCGUCGAGUGCAAGCUCCAGUACUUCUAGCUCCAGUACUUCUAGCUCCAGUGCUUCCAGCUCCAGUGCUUCCAGCUCCAGUGCUUCCAGCUCCAGUGCUUCCAGCUCCAGUGCUUCCAGCUCCAGUGCUUCCAGCUCCAGUGCUUCUAGCUCCAGUGCUUCUAGCUCUAGCACAUCUAGCGCAUCUAGCGCAUCCCAAUCGUCUGGCUCGAGCUCAAGUUCCUCUAACUCUGCUUCUAGCUCCAGUGUCUCUAGCUCCAUUGCUCCCAACUCAUCUGCUUCUACGUUGUCCGGUAGUUCUCCAAGUGGCUCUGAGGGUGCUACUUCAAGCUCUCAAACUACUUCUAACAUCGCAUCUUCAACCUUGGUCACGUCCAUGACCUCAUCCACAGGAAGCUCCACCUCUCACAGUGUCAGUCUUGAUCAAAACAAUGCUGCCAAUGCGUUGCAUAUGAGUCUUUCGUCCCUUGUGGCUAUUUUUGCCUUCCUGCUUUAA